CACGCUUGAGAGUGGGGGCCGCCAUCUCCAUGGCCACGGCUGCGAGCGGGCCCUGCGCCGGCGGGUCGCCGCGGGACAUCCUUUGGCGCGUUUUGGGUUGGAGGAUAGUUACCAGCAUCGUGUGGUCAGUACUGCUUCUGCCCGUCUGCAUCGCAGCCUUUAUCGUCUUCAGCAGCAUCGAUUUAUUCCACCCUAUACAGUGGCUGUCAGAUUCUCUCAAUGAAUUCUAUAGUUCCCAAGUAAUCUUUUACCUCCUGCUGCUUGCAGUGGUCAUUAUAAUAAUAAGUAUUUUCAAUGUGGAGUUCUAUACAGUUGUGCCCUCCAUCCCUGGCUCCCGACUGGCCCUGAUAGCACGGAUCCUUCACCCCCAGCAACUCACGCACUCCUUCAUACACGCUGCCAUGGGAAUGGCAGUGGCUUGGUGUGCGGCCAUCAUGACCAAGGACCAGUACAGUUCUCUCGUGGUUCCCUGCACUGGAACUGAGAGCUUCGAUAACCCUGCUGCUCAGACCUGCAUGAACGAGUAUCAUCUGUUUUUCCUACUGUCUGGAGCAUUCAUGGGCUAUAGCUAUAGUCUUCUGUAUUUCAUUAACAACAUGAAUUAUCUUCCGUUUCCUAUUAUACAGUACAAAUUUUUACGUUUCCGGAGAUCUCUCCUCUUACUAGUUAAACAUAGCUGUGUGGAAUCCCUGUUCAUGGUCAGAAAUUUCUGCAUUGUAUAUUAUUUUUUUGGCCAUAUUCCCAAAGCGUGGAUUAGCGCUGCACUGGACCUUCACACAGAUGAGCAGGCUCACAGACCUCUUGACACGAUAGGUGGCCUCCUGAACAUCUCAUUACUCUACCAUGUAUGGCUGUGUGGUGUCUUUCUCUUGAUGACUUGGUAUACCUCAUGGAUACUCUUCAAAAUUUAUGCCACAGAGGCUUAUGUGUUCCCUGUUCAGCCACCAUUUGCCGAAGAAUCAGAUGAAUGCCUUCCUAAAGUGUUAAAUAGCAAUCCCCCACUCAUUAUAAAGUAUUUGGCCUUACAGGACCUGAUGUUGCUUUCUCAACAUUCUCCUUCUCGAAGGCAAGAAGUUUUCAGCCUUAGCCAACCAGGUGGACAUCCCCAUAACUGGACUGCCAUUUCGAGGGAGUGUUUGAAUCUUUUAAAUGAUAUGACUCAAAAACUGGUUCUCUACCAAGAAGCUGCUGCUACAAAUGGGAGGAUGUAUUCAUCAUACUCAGUGGAACCCAAGAAAUUGAGUUCUCCAGAAGAAACUGCUUUUCAGACUCCAAAACCUAGCCAGAUGUCUUCUGUGCCGCCAUUAGUUAAAUCUUCACUGUUUUCUCCAAAAUUAUCUACACCCGAUGUUUCAAGUCCUUUUGGAACCCCGUUUGGCUCCAAUGUAGUGAACCGAAUGGCUGGAAUUUUUGAUGUAAACACCUGCUAUGGGUCUCCCCAGAGUCCUCAGCUCAUAAGAAGAGGGCCGAGAUUGUGGACUCACACUUCUGAUCAGCAAGUGUCUGCAAUUUCUAAUCCAUCUCCUUGUGCCUCUGUUACUGCUGAGGGUAAGACAGUGAGACAGCCCAGUGUCAUCUACUCGUGGAUUCAGAAUAAACGUGAACAGAUUAAGAAUUUUUUGUCAAAACGGGUGCUGAUAAUGUACUUUUUCAGUAAGCACCCAGAGGCCUCCAUUCAAGCUGUGUUUUCAGAUGCCCAAAUGCAUAUUUGGGCUUUAGAAGGUCUGUCUCACUUAGUAGCAGCAUCAUUUACCGAAGAUAGAUUUGGAGUUGUCCAGACCACACUCCCAGCUAUCCUUAAUACUUUGUUGACUCUGCAGGAGGCUGUCGACAAGUACUUUAAGCUGCCUCAUGCUUCUAGUAAACCACCCCGAACUUCAGGAAGCCUUGUGGACACGUCCUACAAAACAUUAAGAUUUGCUUUCAGGGCCUCACUGAAAACCGCUAUCUACCGUAUAACCACCACGUUUGGUGACCAUCUGAAUGCUGUGCAGGCAUCUGCAGAACAUCAGAAAAGACUUCAGCAGUUCUUGGAGUUCAAAGAAUAGCUAAGUAAUAUAAACUGUGUUCAUUACCCUGCUGAUACAACUACAGAUGGGACAGUAAAUGUUCAGCAUUCUUGGAUCAGAAGAAAAUGGACUAAUUAGAUGCUUCCUUUGUCGUGGUGCUUGCUUUGAAAACUAUACUUUAAUGGGAGAAAUCAUGGAAAGAAAUUCUCAGCAGAAUAACCGAAAACUGCCUUUUCUGUACCAAAUGCUUUUUGUGUGUGUGGUAUAAUAAAAUCUUUAUUCAGUUUUACAGGAGCAUCUAUGGCAGCCGAACUGUCUCUUGCUCAUAUAACUUGAUAAUAAUUACUCACAAUUGUUUUUAGAAUUUACUUUUGAAAAGAGUGGAGCCAGCUCAGAAGUUAAAGCAGGGUGGCUUGCCGUAGUCUUUCCCAACUGCUCUAAGAGGUUAGCUCUUUGUAAACUCAAAAUACAUAAACUUAAGAUUCGUUUGUUUGCUAAAGGAUAAGAUGGUAAUGGAGGAGAAAAACAGUAAAAAUGUUGUCUACAGGACAUAUUUUGUUAAUCUGUUAGGUUGUGUUUUUGUUUCCAGGGACAAAUUAAAUUUGCAUGAUUGUCCAAAAAGAGUCUCGAUUUACAGAUGCUAACUCUGUAUAAAGGAACGGAGAAAAAUUGAAAUCUUAAGGUACAGGGUUAAGCAUUCACAUUUGGUUUUGAGAAAUAGUUUGAGGCACAUCUAUGAACUCAUUGCAUCCUGCUAGUAAAGGAUGAGCUGUGUCUUCGGCUCCCAGCCAGUUUUGCUUUUGUUUUUGAAAUAACAUUAAACAAUUGGCAGAGGUGUUCAAAUGAGGGGAAAGAAAGGUUUUGUAAGAAGACCUGGAAGCUUCCCCAUUCACCUACUGUUUGUCUUUACCAGAUCAAAUUGUGUUGUGAUUCUAGUCUGUCUUCACAUGGAGAGCAGCCUCUGCUUUGUUAUCUGGCUAAUUAAAAUAUAAUAGGACAAGCUUUAGAGCCAGACGCACAUAGUCAUCAAAUAGGCAAGUGAAGCCGGAAUGUCACUGUCCUCAGGAGCAUGGGCAUCCCAAAUGUACACGUGCUCUUUUUAUGACUCAUUAGAGCAUUUCUUUGGAGAUGAAACAUGGGAGGUCCUGCUGGCAGAUAUUCAUUGGACGAGCUUUGGGCCAAACCCUCCUUCAUAAAUCCUUCCCUGUUAUCUCUUUCUUUAAAGUCAGCACAGUAUUGUAUAUGAAUCUUAAGUGUGAUGUGUAUGCCUAGCCUUUGUCAGCUUCAUUGACUAUCAGAUCUUUACAGUAGUUUAUUUUAGCUCCAGAUCUACUGCCCCUUCAACCAGCACAUGACAAAUUAUAAAUGAAUCCUGCUAGCCUUAAGAGUCUCUCUGGGACAAUUCUUCACCUUGUGUGUGAAGUUCUCUUGAUCUUUUUUUUUUUUUUCAGUGUGAAAGUUGGGUUUCUGGUGUGUUAGUUUCUUUCAGAUAAGCAGAAAAGCCUGGCUAGAUAAUGGAGCGCCAUCCUAUUCCAUGAGUUUAGCCCUAUAGGCCUUUCAUGUUUGCUGGCUGCCUCUGACAGAAGCAUUUAAGGAGACAAAUCUUAAUGUGUUUCCAUAAAGAACCGCCUGUGGCGUGUGUGCAGCUCGCUGAAAAGGGCAUGCCUUUAAACUUGGACUUACUCCCAUGAAAUCUCUGGUUCAGUUUAGGUUCUUGCCAUCCCCAUGUCCUCUGGGUGAAAGUAUUUGAUAGCAAUAUGAAUUUUUCCGGAUGUGCUGUGUCUGAGGUACUGACCACACCAUGUCUGCCUGGUGGGGAGCAGGACACUGCCAUCUCCUCAGAUCUGUAUUGUCUUUGGAAGGUGAGGACUCAUUCUUUUUCUCCAUUGAUAUUGGUGAGCACCCAUUUUUUAAAAAGGCCUCCUUUCUCCUGCACACAACAAGGACUUGAUUGAGGGAGGCCAGCAGGGGAGAAGCAUUUCCUUUGGUGGAGUUGCAACUUGCUGACAAGCCUACUGAAGUGAUGGCCUGGAAUUAGUCUGUGAAAGCCUUUCUCUGGCCCUCAGUACAAACCACGAUUCUCUCAGCACCUGUGUUUGUCUCUCUGGUGGGACAUAUAAAAUGACAAGCUGCUUUUGCAGGGUAAUGGGAAACUGUAGGUUCAACCUUAUCCUGGUGAGUAGACAUGAAGAAGUCACACUGGGUUCCUGUGCUUGAUUUCUUCAGGAGUGUUUUGUGUGUUAAUAUUUAUGAUGAUCUGUUUACAUUCUUCUGUAUAUCAUUGAUACUGAAUUGGUAGAAAAAUAAAGUGACAAU